AUGGCAAGCUUUUUGUUCAAAUUCCUGCAUGGCUUCAUUCUUUUAUGUAUGAUGAGCACCUGUCCGGAAUCUACCACACUUCGCAGCCCUACUCUGCUUGGAAAUGAAUCUGACCGCUUGGCUUUGCUUGACUUCAAGAAAAGAAUAACUGAAGAUCCUCUCGACGUCAUGAGCUCGUGGAACCGUUCCCUUCAUUUUUGCAGUUGGGUUGGAGUUACAUGUAACCGUUCCACCGAAAGAGUCUUGAUUCUGAACCUGAAAGCUCAGAAGUUGGUAGGCUCCAUUCCACCUUCCAUUGGAAAUCUUACUCAUCUUACUGGAAUCAAUUUGAAUGGCAACAACUUUCAUGGGGUAAUUCCUCAACAAAUUGGUCGUCUUCGAAGCCUACAAUAUCUCAACCUAUCUCGCAAUACUUUCCACGGAAAAAUUCCAACUAAUCUGUCGCACUGCACACUGCUAAGAUUGCUCAAUAUUGAAUCCAAUUUGAUUACUGGGCCGAUUCCAAACCAGCUCACUGCAUUGAUAAAUUUAAAUAUUCUAGUGAUUUCUCGUAACAAUCUCGGUGGAACCAUCCCAGGUUGGAUAGGGAACUUAUCUUCUUUGGGGACUCUUUAUCUCGAGGAAAACAAUUUGCAAGGAAGCAUACCAAAUGAGUUGGGGCAUAUGGCAGGUUUGGUAGAAUUCUCAGCUGCGGAGAAUAAUCUAUCUGGUAUGGUCCCUUCUUCAUUCUAUAAUAUUUCCUCCAUACGUAUAUUCAGUGUUGUUGAUAACCAGUUGCAUGGAGAGCUACCACCAAAUAUUGGCACUAUGCUUCCUAACCUCAUAGAAAUUUCUUGGGGUAAGAACAAUUUCACCGGAAAUAUUCCAGUAUCUUUGUCAAAUGCUUCUAGACUCCAGGGGAUUGAUUUUGCAGGAAAUAAGAUCGCUGGGAUAGUCCCUGGUGAAAAUAUCGGAACCUUGCAAAGCUUAAUUUGGCUGAACCUUGAAUCAAAUCACUUGGGAAUCGGAAAAUCUGGUGACCUGAACUUUAUCAGUUUCUUGGCUAAUUGUACUAGUUUGGAUGAGCUGGGUCUCGCAGGUAAUAAUUUUGGAGGAAGAAUCCCGAUGUCCAUAGCCAACCUUUCGACCCAAGUAGAGUAUCUUACUUUUGGGCAAAAUAUGAUACAUGGAAGCAUCCCUAACGGCAUUGGGAAUCUUAUAAACUUGACCAUUCUAGCAGUGGAACUUAACUAUUUGCAAGGUAGUGUCCCUAAUGAAAUUGGGAAGCUUCAAAACUUAGUAGAACUGUAUUUGGAUGGUAAUGAAUUUUCUGGGCCAAUCCCGCCAUCCCUUGGUAACAUAACUUCACUGACAAGGCUUUACAUGCAGAAAAGUGGGGUUGAGGGAAGUAUACCUCCAACUCUUGGAAACUGCCAAAAUCUAUUAGUACUGAAACUUGGUGAUAAUAAUCUAACAAGCGCCAUACCUACAGAGCUUAUUCGGCUUUCGACUCUCUCAAUCUCCUUGAAUCUGUCUUCCAAUUAUUUGACUGGUCCGCUGCCUAUUGAGGUAUAA